AUGACUUCUGAAUGCAACGCAUGCACCUCGGUGCAAUUCUCCGGCAACGUCAAGAAGCGGCUCAUUGUGUGCUGCGACGGGACCUUCAGCGGCGUCGAUAAAGGAACCGACGACUACUCCAGUAACGUCGCUCGCUUGUGCCGUGUGAUUUCCAAUGUCGGCAUUUCCACGACUGGUGAAAGGAUACCACAGGUGGUAUACUACCAGUCCGGUGUUGGUACGGGCUCCUUGACAUAUGUCGACAAAGUUCGCCAAGGUGCCUUUGGCGGGAGUCUCGCAGAAAACGUCUGCGAAGCGUACAACUACCUCUCGAACAACUGGGGACCAGGAGACGAAAUCUUCAUCUUUGGCUUCUCCCGGGGCGCUUACACGGCCCGCUCUCUGGCCGGUGUCAUCUGCCAAGUAGGCCUUCUCACGCCGCUGCUCAUGGACAACUUCUUUGAGAUAUACGGCGCGUACAAAAACAGAGGAAACCAGGCUUUCGACGAGACGACGUGGGCAAAUGAGCCUCUCAUCCCAGGUGAACUCGGCACCGUCCCUCCGCAAAAAGGUGUCCCGGCCCCUUCCUACGGCACUCGCCUCCAACACCUCCGCAAGGUUGCCCACUUGCAUGUCAAAAUCAAGGUAGUUGGAGUCUGGGACACAGUCGGUAGCGUCGGAGGACCGAAUUGGUUUGGACAGGCGGGAGAGGACACCACGUUCCAUUCCACAAAGCUUAGUCCAAGGGGUCACAGCCAAGGGUCAGUCGACACAAACAGCAUCGACGAAAUCGCCUUCUCCUGGAUGUGUGACCAGCUCCUUGGGCUUCUGCAACUUAGUGGCACCGCUUUGCAGAAAUACAUUCUCUUCCGGAUAGGCAUUUCUGGAAUUGACACGAAAAACAAGAAUAUUCGCGACUUGUCUGCCGCCUGGAAGGCCAUUGCGUGGAGCGACGGUGAGCUCGCAGAUACCAACUCCUUCAUGAGCAUGUGGUGGCUGCCAUCGCUGGUGUCCACGGCCAGACCGGCCUAUCAUCGAAUUCCGGGCGAGACAAAGGCGUAUGAAAAAAUUGGCAACGAGAAGAAGCGUAUUCCGUACAAGCAGUUUAACGAGGAAGUUCACCCCAGUGUGAUCCACCGUGUCAAGAACAGAAAAGGCUACAUGCCAGGGCCCUUUGCAAAGGAUUGGAAGUACGUGGAACCAACAAACGGUGCUCGCGCAUAUUGGGUCAAGGGAUCUGGUGAAGACGCCAUUGUUUUGAAUGAGUACCUUAUCCCGAAGCUUGAGGGAUUCGACAAAGACUUGGGUUACGAUCACUGGCUGGGUAGUUUGGAGCGUACAUUUGCUCCCAAGGAUGUGGUUGACAAGCAGGACGCUGUACAGCGAUAG